AUCAACUACCUUAAUUCUAUUGAUAAACGCCGCCUUCCUUUCAUGUUUAAGAAGGUACCUGAGUGAAUUCCUCCCUCUACCACCACCUCUGAGCGGUGUGAUUCGCAACUUAUUUGUUGUUUUCUGUCGUUCUCUAUGAGUCUCUCUUUUCUGCUACGUGUAGCAGGCCUUUUCUUUCUCCAAUUUAACUCCGCUCAGGCUAAAUCUCAGGUUCACGAGCAAUGGCACGUUAGUAGCAUUCCAAAUGUUCCUGCGGGUUACACAGGAAGUCUCCACUCCGGAUAUUUGAAUUUGACAGAUAAACUGGAGGGUGAUUUGUUUUUUACUUUGUACGGCUCAGAAAACGAGGUUCAUCAGAACCGCACGAUUAUCUGGCUUAAUGGAGGCCCUGGAUGUUCUUCGGAAGAUGGAAGUAUGCUUGAACUUGGUCCUUUGAGAUUGACAAAUGAUUCACUCGUCUAUUAUAACGCGGCAAGCUGGGUUCGUCUCGGAAAUGUCUUAUUCGUGGACCAGCCCAUGGGCACUGGAUUCAGUUUUGCUGAUACUCGUGAUGCCAUUUUAAAUGAUAAUGAAAAAAUGUCAAACGACUUUGCAUACUUUUUGCAAGAGUUUGUGAAGGCCUUCCCCGAGUAUGCUACGGAUACUUGGUACAUUGCUGGUGAGUCGUUUGCCGGACAAUAUAUUCCUGCAAUUGCAAAGAAAGUUAUUGAUUCGGACAUCGUUAACUUGUCUGGAAUUGCUAUAGGCAACGGUUGGAUUGAGCCUGCCUCCCAUUACUUGACUUACCUUGACUAUUUGGUUGAACGUGGUCUGUUGGAGCGUGGUUCUGCGCUGUUUGAGGCUCUUACUGCAGUGCAAGCUAAGUGUCUCAUGUCACUGGAACAAUCUGCUUCAGGGAUGUUGGAGGAUGAGAAUUCAUGUGACAAGUACCUUUUCGACAUUCUCUUUUCGGUCUCAGACAAAAGCGGUGAAUUUUGUUUCAAUAUGUACGAUGUGACCCUGACCUCCCCUUACCCAUCUUGUGGCAUGGAAUGGCCAUUGGAACUUCCAGCACUUACCGACUUUCUGAGUAGUCCCGAUGUCAUGAAGGCCCUUCAUGUCGCUUCGGACAAAGUCUCCCGUUGGGAGGAGUGUUCAUCGCUUGUGAGCAACUUUUAUGCAGACACAAACGUGUUUCGCACGCGUUUCACAAUUGCCGAACUUCUUGAGGAAAUUCCAGUCAUGCUAUUUUAUGGCGAAAAUGACUUUUUGUGCAAUUAUGUCAGCGGUGAAUUCCUCAUUUCUAAUUUGGAAUGGUCGGGUAAACGUGGUUUUGAGAAUGCUUCUAACGCCGACUGGUAUCCACGUUAUUCAGAAGCCAAUACUCUCGAAUACGGGCAAUAUGCGGCUGCUGCUGGUAUAAUUCAUUCGGAGCGCAAUCUUACGUAUGCUACCAUUCGCAACUCCAGUCACAUGGUACCCUAUGACCAUCCUUAUGAAAUGUUGGCUCUGGUGAGUGCCUUCUUUGAUAAUGACUUUUCUCAAAUUUUGAUGCUGCCAGACCCCGUCACAAUAGUGCCUAAUCACUCAUUCCUCUCUAUAUUCCUUUGGGUCAUGGCCGGUAUCCUCGCUUUCUCGGCGAUUGGUGCCAUUUGUUAUUAUUCCUACAGACACAUUCGUUCUCGCUAUGACUCUUACACGCCUAUUCAAGAAGAAUCUGCUUAAGCUGGUCACUUUUUGUGUCCCGUUGAGUCUUAACUUAAAUAACGUUUCGUUUCCAAGGUGUUUAAGAGCCAUUACACAUGGCUGCACCUCUAAUUUUGCUUCGUUUUAUUCUGCUCUUUUCUUGUUUUAGGAACGUUUAAAGAUGUUCUUACAAAUUAUUUUGAUGCUUUCAUUCUUUUGCCUUCUUCCUAUUCUUUGCUUCAGCUCUAUCAUACUAUUAUUGACCACUACCACCACUACCAGUAUAGUAUCUCGUUCAUCCUUCAUAAACACCACGACUUAUUGCUACUUUGGUAGGCGCCCGUUACGUUACUGCUCGCUACCCCAGCUCACCACCACAGUUGAACAACAGAAACGCAGCACUCAUCCACGCAAAAAAACCCUUGC